ACGCGCCGUCACUUCUGCCUGCCGCCUGUAGGGGGCGUAGAGCUCGGUGGUCCGGUGACACAGCCGAGCAUGCGCAGGGCGAUGUCACCUGUCCGUGCUUCAGCAUCCAGCUGCCGCAGAAUCCCCCGGACCCGAACCUGAGGCGUCGUUGGGUCGGUCUCGAUGUAGAUCUGAGCCGGAUCGGGCCGGUCUAGUCUGUCCCGGGAGCAUCAUGGCGGCGGAGGCCAUCCCGUCGUCCGUCCUGAGGGAGUUCUGCCCGCUCUACUACCUGCUGAACGCCAUCCCGGCGAAGGUGCAGCGCGGCUUCAGGUCGGUCCUGGUUUACCUGACGGCGCUGGACUGCAGCGGGGACUUCCUGGCUGUGGGCAGCAGCAUCGGGAUGCUGUACCUGUACUGCCGCCGCCAGGAGCACAUGAACAAGUACAACCUGGAGGGAAAGUGUGAUGCCAUCACAGCCGUGAAACUGCUCAGCUGCUUUGAUGACCUGGUUGCCGUGGGAACAGCUUCAGGUCGGGUAGCUGUCUUCCAGCUGGUUUCUCCGCUUCCCGGUCGCAACAAACAGCUCAGGCGUUUCGACGUCGUCGGGUUGCACAAAGGCACCGUCACGUGUUUGACGUGGAGCACCAACGGGAUGAAGCUCUUCUCUGGAGAUGAUAAGGGACGCGUGGUGUUCUCUGCUCUGGACCUGGACCAGGGGGUGUGCAAGCCCGAGCUGCUGCUGGAGGAGCCCUCCGGCGUGGUUCAGAUUGAGUACCGGCACCAGAUGCUGCUGGUCUCCACCCAGCACAGGUCUCUGCUUUACUGCACGCAGACGCAGGAAGUCCUGCAGCUGGGCACCAAGCCCCGCAAGAGCAGCGGCAGGUUUGGCGCCUGCUUCCUGCCGUCUCUCUGCAAACAGAGCGAUCUUCAGGUGUACGCCGCCCGGCCCGGCCUGCGACUGUGGCGCUCCGACGUCAGAGGGAAGGUGGAAGACACCCGGCUGCUCAAACCGCUCUUCAACACACAGGUACCUCAGUUUGAGCUCUUUCCUCGGCCCGAUCCCGUGGGGGCGUACCGCCCAGCCGACCGGCAGCUUGGCCUCCUCAGCUGCUUCCUCAAGGAGGGAUGGAUCCUCAGCUGGAACGAGUACAGCAUCUACGUCUUUGACUGCAUCAAUGAGGUGAUUGUGGGCGCCCUGGAGAGCAGCGGGGACAUCGUGUCUGUGUCGUCCUGCGACAAUGAGAUCUUUGUCCUGAAGGGAGACCGAGACGUCCUUCGCCUCUCCACCUGCCCUGAGGGGAUGACCUCCAGCGUGUCUGAGCUGUCAGCCCGCCUCUUCUCACCUCUGACCACGCCCACCAUCCUGCAGCCCACAGGAUCAGUGGAGACGGCUCAGCCAAUCAGAACCAUGGCCAUCAUUGUUGAAGGAGGUCCUACAGAGGAGCCAGGAGAGGGAGGGCAGCCUUGGGAGGAGGCCGAGGAGCAGGAGGAGGUGCAGGUGUCCGACCUCUGCCAGCCUCCGGACUCCCGCUGUCGCAGCAGCUCAGUCACCUCCUGGGACAGUCUCCAUGGCGACUCCCAAACCGGGUCUUCCAGCGAGGUGAGCUCCAGGCGGUACAGCGCCCCCCUGGGUCAGGAGGAGAUGCAGCAGGAGCUGGUGGUGAAGGCCAUCAGAGUGAAGAGGAGGAGGAGACGGCAAGACAGCAGCGGCGGGAACCGCCUCUCGGAGAGCAGCUGCUCCGACUCCAUGUUCGGCCAGAACGGCAGCUGCAGCGACGGUGGCACUGAAACUCCUCUGAGCGACCGGGCCUCCCUCGCUGGCGCCGAGCUGCAGAACCAGAACGCUCCAGAACAAGAUGACGAGCAGGACCUGCAGCACAUGGAGGAGUCCAUGUUCUCCUCCAGCUCCGCGCUCCUCCCCGGUUUGGAGCUGGACCCCGGGAAGUCCUCCGGUCCGAGCUCGUACACAGACGUCCUGCCCACUCCAGACGUAGACCUGCUGCUGGACUGCACCUUCUCAUACAUGCAGCGCUCCGAAGAGGAGGCGGCGCCGGAGCGGCCUGUGGAGGAGGAGGAGUUUCAGAGCCCUCUGACUGAAACGAAGCAGGAGGACAGUCCGCCGGCGCCGCCCACGGCUCCAGCAGACCAGAUGUUUUACUCCACCGUGUCGACUCUGGACAGAAGGUCCAGCGGGUCGAGUGACGAUGAGGCAGACAUCUACAGCCUUCCACCUUCAGCCAGCAGGGAUGGCCACACCUGUUCCUCCAGGAGAGCCGAGGAAAGGACAGACGGACAGUCGGAGCAGGACGUCCUGGACAGAGACCGGCACCGCAAAGACCAGCUGGCAGAAAGCUGGAUGGGGUACUCGGGACCGGGGUGUGGGAUCCUCAGCCUGCAGGUGACUGACAGGUAUGUUUGGUGUCUGGAUUUCAAAGGAGGACUGUUUUGUAGUCCUCUGCCUGAAACUGGACUCAGCUGGCAGCGCUUCGAGGACAAUGUCCACCAGGUGGCGCUGUCUCCUUCAGGUAACCUGCUGUGGAAGGUGGAGCAGAAGACCAUGACCUCCUUUGCUUGUGCCAAAGUUUCUGGCAAAGGGAAACGGCACUGGUACAAAGCCGCCGAGCAAACGGCCUUCGUCGCCCUGAGUGACGACUCCGCCUGGAUCAUCCAGACCAACGGGGAUCUCUACCUGCAGACAGGUCUCAGCAUGGAGCGCCCCUGCGCUCGCUCAGUGAAGGUGGAAACCCCGUGCGUGUUCAGCCAGGUGUGCGUGAGGGCAGGUGUGGUCUGGGCCCUGACCGAACACAAGGCGCUGUUCUACAGAGAGGGCAUAAGCAGCUUCUGCAGCGAGGGGGAGGGCUGGAAGUGCGACACCGUCAGCGAGGCUCAAGGUCUGGAGCUCAUGUGUGUCGCUCUGGGGGACGGAGGGACGGCGUGGGCGCUGGACGCCAGCGGCAGCCUCUGGUUUCGAACCGGCAUCUGUUUGUCGAGACCACAGGGAUCAGAUGACCACUGGUGGCAGAUCAGCAUCUCCGACUACGUGGUCUUCGAUCAGGGCAGCAUCUUCCAGACUCUGCUGCAGGCCACGCAAAGCGUUGCCACGGUGACCAGGGCCCCGGUGGAGCGGGUGGUGGCCUUCCUGUCCCAGUACUCGCAGUGCCAGCCCAGCCUGGUGAGCGCCAGCGACAGCGGAGUGUGGGUGGCGUCUGGACGGAAUCAGCUGCACGUGGCCCGCGGCAGCCUUGUGGGAACCUUCUGGCAGAAUGUGGUUCCUAGAGGGACCGUGUCGGCGACCCGGUGGACCUUCAUCACAUCCUCAUCAGUGCCUCACAAAGAAGGUACGUUCCUGUGGUUGGCUCAGAGCAGGAAGGAUCUGUUCUGUGUGUGGGACCAGGACGGGGAGCUCCGCCCAUCCUCCGUCUCUCUGCCGCCUGAGGUGGAGCUGGCUUACCUGUCGGCCUGUCGCGACGCUCUGUGGGGUCUGGACAGCCACGGCCGUGUCAGCAUCCGAACGCUGUCCCCGUCCUGUCCCGCUGGUCUGCACUGGACCCGUCUGGACCUCAGCCAGCUCGGAGAUGUCCGCCUGGUGAGCGUGAGCUGUGGCAGUCAGAACGUCUGGGCCGUGGACAACCGGGGAUUGGUUUACUUUCGGGUCGGAACCCAGCCACUGAAUCCCAGUAUGAUGCUUCCGGCCUGGAUCCACAUAGAGCCUCCUGAGCAGCCAAUCGGAGUGCACCUCGUCAACAUUCAGACGAGUCCUAACGACCGUCUGCUCUGGGCCGUCGACAACAGGGGGGGCGUCUUUGUCCGGACGGGGCUCAGUGACGAGAUGCCUGUUGGGACAGACUGGGAACUGGUACCAGGACUGGCUGUCAGACAGUUGGAGCUCAGCUGUCGGACCGCCUGGGUUCGGUGUGUAAACGGGGAUCUGGCUCGGCGUUACGGAAUAUCCGACAGAAACCCCGCUGGAGACUACUGGAAGAAGGUUCCAGGCAGUGCCAACUGGUUUACAGUCACUCCAGAGGACGAGCUGUGGGCGGUCACCCCCAUUGGUGGACUGUCUCGCAGAUUGACGAAGCUCCUCCCACAGGCACCCAGUAAACCCGCCUCCUGUGGCCCCGCCCCUGGAGGGGAGGAUGUGGAGGAUGAAUGGGAGCUCAUCUGACAUAACUCACCUACCUGGACUCACCUGGAGAGGCGAC